UUUUUUUUUUUUUCUUCUUCUUCUUCUUCUUCUUAUACAAGUAUCCAUAAAUCAGUUUAAUAUAAAUCAUGUCAGACGGAAAAUUAGAAAAGAUGGACAAAGACUUUAGUCCUCAAGUUGAUGUUCUUUUACCUGAAACCGAGGCUUUGACCAAGCAAGGCAAAAUCAAUGAAGCUUUAGAAAAAUUAUUAUCUCUUGAAAAGCAAGCUAGAAAUGCUGCUGAUCAAGCAUCAACAGGUCGUAUUCUUACUCAAGUUGUUAAAUUAUGUUUUGAAGUUAAGGAUUGGAAGCUUUUAAAUGAACAAAUUGUUUUAUUGUCAAAAAAACAUGGACAAUUGAAGGCUGCUACUUCCAAAAUGGUCCAACAAGCCAUGAGUUAUCUUGAUUUAACACCUGAUAUGGACACUAAGCUUGAAUUAAUUGAUACACUUCGUACUGUUACUGAUGGAAAGAUUUAUGUUGAAGUUGAAAGAGCACGUAUUACUCGUCUUUUAUCCAAGAUUCGUGAAGAUGAAGGCAAGAUAGCGGAAGCUGCUGAUAUUCUUCAAGAGCUUCAAGUUGAAACAUUUGGUUCUAUGGAUAAACGUGAAAAAGUCGACUUUAUUUUAGAGCAAAUGCGAUUGUGUUUAGCUAAAUCAGAUUAUAUUAGAACACAAAUUAUUUCUAAAAAGAUUAAUGCAAGAUUUUUCCAAGAUAAAGAAAAUGAAGAUCUUAAACUUAGAUAUUAUAACUUGAUGAUUCAGCAUGCUUUACAUGAAGAACAGUAUUUGAAUAUUCACAAGUUUUACAAACAAAUAUACGAUUCAGAAUCAAUUCAAGCAGAUGAAAAGAAAUGGAAAGAAGCGCUUCAAAAUGCAGUCUUGUUUGUUAUAUUAGCACCUUAUGAUAAUGAACAAUCUGAUUUACUUUAUAGAAUGUAUGAAGAUCCUAAAUUGGCACAGAUGAGUGAAUAUCAAGAAAUCGCUAAACGUUUUGUUACAGUUGAAUUGAUGCGUUGGACUGAGAUUGAAAAGAGUUAUGGUCAUUUAUUGAGUCAAUCCACUGCUUUUAAUAAAUCGACUGAAGAAGGACAAAAGAGAUGGAAGGAACUUCAUGAUCGUGUAGUUGAACAUAAUAUUCGAGUUAUUGCUAAAUAUUAUACACGUGUUACAACAAAGAGAUUAACUCAAUUAUUAGACUUGAGUGAAAAAGAUACCGAAGAAUGUUUAUCUAAAUUGGUUGUUUCAAAGACGAUUUAUGCUCGUAUUGACCGUUCUGCUGGAAUCAUCAAUUUUCAAACUAAAAAAGAUGCUAAUGAAAUCUUGAAUAAUUGGUCUAAUGACAUUAAUUCUUUAUUGAAUUUAAUUGAAAAAACGUGUCAUUUAAUUUCUAAAGAAGAAAUGGUACAUAGCAUAGCAAAGGUUAAAUAAAUAAGUUUGCUAAUAAAUGGAAUUUUCGGUUUUUUUUUUUCUUUUUUUUUUGACAUGAAAUGAUUAUAAAAUGGAUACGUCUUUAUUU